UUGAUAGGUGGUAACGUGAUUUGCUUGUAUCGUGAUCAAAAGCACAGGUUUCUUCCUCUUAUCGAUCCGUUGAUUUUCCUUGUUUAAUUGAAAUCAAAGCUAGCUAGGGUUCUUUGAGCUAAUCGAAAAAAAAACUUUUGUUUGUGUGUUUCCCAUCUCUCUAUAUAAAUCCCUUUUUGCAGAUUUUCGAUUUCAUCAUAUAUAUGGCUACUUUUAAUGGAAAAGUUAAAGACAAGAUCAAUUUCAAGUAUGAAGAUGAUGAUGAUGAUGGAUAUGGCUAUGGCUAUGAAGAAGAUUCGUCCACUCUUGAUUCAAUCCCAACCAAAACAAAGCCUAGUUACCCCAUCAUCCACGACCACUCAGAAGAAGAAGAAGAUUACGUCGAUGACGGAUUCGACUCACCUGAAACCGUUCAACAAAAAGUAGACGUCAACUUGAAAAACGUCUUAACCGGUUUGAUCGCGAUCGUCACCGGUAGUAACAAGCCCCUCGAUGAGAAAACUCAAUCCUCUUCUUCAUCUUCCAACGUCUCUUUCCUCGGCUCCUCCGUCUACAUACCAAGCGCCCCGCCACUCCUCGAGCCCAACUACAGCGUCUACAAGGACCUCCUCGAAGCCGAGCCUCCCCACUGGCUCCCCGACAGCUCCACCACCACCUGCAUGCACUGCUCCCUCCCCUUCACCCCCCUCACCCGCGGCAGGCACCACUGCCGCUUCUGCGGUGGGAUUUUCUGCAAAAACUGCUCCCGAGGGAGGUGCCUCAUGCCCGCGAGGUUCCGCCAACGGAGCCCCCAGCGGGUCUGCGACUCCUGCUACGAGAGGCUCGAUCCUCUCCAGGGUCUCCUCAUCAACUCCAUCAGCAACGCCGUGCAAGUCGCCAAGCACGACGUUGUUGAUUGGACGUGUGCGAGAGGGUGGUUGAAUCUGCCCGUUGGUUUAUCCAUGGAAGACGAGAUCUACAAGGCGGCCAAUACGUUGAGAGGUUACUGCCACGUGGCUAGAUCGGACCCUGAGAAGUCCAUACCUCAUGCGCUUCUCGGUCGAGCUAAGGGUUUGGCUAUCCUAACCGUCGCUAAAGCUGGGGCUUUCGUGUCGUACAGUGUCGGGACCGGUCUGGUCGUCUCGAGGAGAUCAGACGGGUCCUGGUCGGCUCCGUCCGCCCUGCUUUCGGUGGGGCUUGGAUGGGGCGCUCAGGUUGGAGGGGAGCUGAUGGAUUUUAUAAUAGUGCUGCAUGACUUGAAAGCUGUGAAGACGUUCUGCAGCAGGAUGCAUUUCUCUCUAGGCGCGGGGUGCAGCGCGGCGGCUGGACCCGUAGGGAGAGUCUUGGAGGCUGACCUCCGAGCUGGCGAUAGAGGCUCUGGCCUCUGCUAUACUUACAGCCGUAGCAAAGGGGCAUUUGUGGGAGUAUCGCUUGAAGGGAAUGUGGUGAUGACGAGAAGGGACAUGAAUGUGAAGUUCUAUGGUGAUCCGUAUCUAAGCACCUCAGACAUUCUACUUGGGAUGGUUGAUCAACCCAAAGCGGCUCAACCAUUGUACUCUGCUCUCAAAGACCUCUACGCAGGUUUGCGUCAGUAGUCAGUUUCAAACAACUCAGUGUGGUAAAAACUUUUUAUUGUACAUGUACAUAGCAAUUAUUUCUUUCUAGAACUUAUGAAAUUUUAGUAUUUGUUUUAAUUUAAAUUAAGGAUUGUUUACCGUCUUUCA